GUUUACAUUGCGCAACAUUUGCUCUGGGAAACCGUUGAUCUCUAACAGGGAUUUGUUUUUAGUGAAAUCUUCUGUGAAGAAAUUAAUGAAAAAAGAUGCCAUCUCCGGAAAAGAAGAAUUUGACGAGAAAAAGAAAGGCCGCUCCUGCAGCCAUUGCUUCCAAUGGUUCGAAUAAGAAGAACAAAGAGCAGAGCUUGGAGGAGAAAUUCCAGAAGGAUCGCGAGAAGGCAGCCAAGUCCAUCAUGGAAUUCCGUUUCAUCAAGAGAAGAGCGAGACUCCUGACGGAGGCUCAGCUUACGAAGGAGGGUUGCUCGGGAAUUGCCUACUGGAUGAGUCGCGAUGGACGAGUUCAGGACAAUUGGGCGAUGCUCUUUGCACAGAAACUGGCCAUUAAGAAUCAAGUACCACUCCAUGUGGUCUUCUGUCUCCUGCCCAAAUUCCUCGACGCCACUCUGCGUCACUACAAAUUCCUCCUGAGAGGUCUUGAGGAGGUUUCUGAACAGUGCUCGAUGCUAAACAUCCAAUUUCAUAUUUUGCGUGGUCAGGAAGCCAUUGUGGAAUUUGUGGAGCAGCAAAAUAUUGGAGGGAUUGUCUGUGAUUUCAGUCCGAUGGAUUUUUCAGAGAAAUGGAUCGAGGAAGUGAAGAAAAAUGUCCCAGAAAACGUUCCCCUGGUUCAGGUCGAUGCUCACAAUAUUGUUCCUGUUUGGGUUGCAUCUGAUAAAGUUGAAUAUUCUGCUCGGACAAUCCGGAAGAAGAUUACAAAUAAUUUAGAAGAGUUCCUGACACCAUUCCCUCCUGUAAUUGUCCAUCCAUACUCUGCAGAGUCUCCGGCUUCAGAAAUUGACUGGAAGGGUUUGAUGAAGUUCCUGAAGGUUGACAAGAAAGUCGAUGAAGUGGACUGGGCUGUUCCGGGGUACAAAGCUGCUUUGGCAGUUCUCAAAGAAUUUACAGAGCAUCGCCUGGAGAAGUAUUCUUCUCAGCGAAAUGAUCCUCUGGCCGAUGCUCAGUCUAAUCUCUCUCCAUGGCUCCAUUUUGGUCAGAUUUCCGCCCAGAGAUGCAUCCUCUACGUCAAUGAGUUCAGGAAUCAAUUUACAGAAAGUGUUGAGAUGUUUUGCGAAGAAGCCAUCGUUAGGCGGGAAUUGGCAGACAAUUUCUGCUUCUUCAGUGAGAAUCAGAGCACCUUCGAAGGGCUCCACAAUUGGGCCAGGACCACCUUAGAUGCUCAUAGAAAGGACAAGCGCGAAUAUGUUUAUUCUAGAAAGAAAUUAGACGAUGCUCUCACUCAUGAUGAUCUCUGGAACGCAGCCCAACUUCAAAUGAAGCACGAGGGGAAGAUGCACGGAUUCCUGAGGAUGUACUGGGCCAAGAAAAUUCUCGAGUGGACUCAGAGUCCCGAGGAAGCCAUCUCCACGGCCCUCUAUCUCAAUGAUCGUUACAGUCUCGAUGGCAGGGAUCCAAAUGGGAUUGUGGGAAUUUUAGUAAGUCAAUCCUUGAUUCCAGGACGAAUUCUUUUUUCUCAAUAUAGAUUUUUUCUUCCGGAAGUGGUCAAUUGGAGGCCUGCACGAUGGUCCUUGGAUGGAGCGUCCAGUUUAUGGGAAGAUUCGCUACAUGGCUAUGAGCGGAUGCAAAAAGAAAUUCAACGUGAAGGAAUUCGUGGAGCGUUAUGGCAAAGCAGGUCAGGAGAAGAAAACGGCCAAGAAGAAAUGAUCCUAAGAGAAGUGAAGAUUAUGAAUCUCUGAAUUGUCCUGUAUUAAUUCUUUUGUGUUAAAGAGCCAUAGAUCCAAAUAAAGAAGUAUAAUUUUU